AACAAAAAGCAGUGAGUAGCUUCCGACUGGGCCACAGUCGCCGCUCGUAUGUCGCGUUGGUAGCGCGAUAGGCAAUAUGUCUUAACUAACACUGUGCUACAAAAUGCGUGUGUGCCUGGUUUAUAUGCUGAUGGGAUGUGGACUCCAGUUCGCGUUCAGUCUUGAUGCCAUUUGCCAAAUUGUGCAGCGCAAUCGGGCGGAGUGUGAGGUGCAUCGUGUGCAAACCGUGGACGGUUAUCAGCUCACAGUGCAACGUAUUCCGCCGCCGCGCAACCAGAGCUGCCCCACACUGCAGCCGUUCGUGCUGAUGCAUGGGCUAAUCGGUUCGGCAGGCGAUUAUGUGGCUGCGGGCCGCGCAAGCGCCUUAGCAUUCCAGCUGCACGCACGCUGCUUCGAUGUCUGGCUGCCCAAUGCACGGGGCACCACAGAAUCGCGGAGACAUCGCACAUUGUCGGCCAGGCAGCCGGCCUUUUGGGAUUUCAGCUGGCAUGAGAUUGGCGUCUACGACUUGCCCGCCAUUGUGGAGCAUGUGCUGGGCGUGACGGGUCAGCGACAGCUGCACUAUGUGGGUCACUCUCAGGGCACCACAGUGCUGCUCGUGCUACUGGCACAGCGGCCCGACUAUAAUGCACGGUUUGCGAGCGUUGUGCUGCUGGCGCCAAUUGCGUAUUUGCAGUACUUGAGCAGUCCGCCGUUGCGUUUACUAGCCAGCGAUCCGGCUGGCGUCACGCUGCUGCUAAAUCACCUUGGCCUGCACGAGCUGCUGCCCGCCACGCCGCUGAGCCAGGUGGGCGGGCAGUUCUUCUGCAGUCCAGCGCUGCCCACCUAUGCGCUCUGCACGCUCCUCACAUCGCUCUAUGUGGGCUUCAGUGAAUAUCCGCUGGAUCGUAGCAUAUUCCCACGCAUUCUGGAGACGACACCGGCGGGCAUCUCACGUGGUCAACUGCUGCACUUUGGGCAGCUCAUCAACAGCGGUAAAUUCCAACAGUACGACUACAGCUCGGCACGGCUCAACUCGCUGCGCUACGGCCAGGCCACACCACCCACCUAUCAGCUGGAAAAUGUGCGACUCAACCUAAUGCUCUUCUAUGGUAACCGGGAUGCAUUGUCCAGCCGCCGGGAUGUGCAGCAUUUGGUGCGAGAGUUGCGCAACAGUCGGGUCAAGCUCUACCAGGUGCGGGGCUAUAAUCACAUUGAUUUCCUCUAUGCGACCACGGCGCCGCAGAUGAUCUACGAACGCAUCAUACAACAGGCCAGACAAAUAAAUUGAGUAUAGAUGGUAAAAUUAAAAGAUAUAUGGAUACAGAUUAGAUAAAGAUCAGGGCUCCAGACUCGACUCAGAAUUUAGGCUAUUUGGAACCAACUUUCUGCCUUAAGGUUCGAUUUAGGAGCCCAGUUUUCCACAAUCACGAGCCAAGGAUGUGAUUCAAGCCUUGGGUUGUUAUAUGUUUGAAACAUUUUUAUUAUUUAAAACAAGUUGCACACUAAAUUUCAUAUCUUUUCAAAAUUGGAAAUUACCAAAUUUGAUUCGAUAAAUGCGAUAGUUGAAAAAGAAUUUUGAAAGAAUGCAUUAUAAAAAAAUUGUUCGGUUACGGAUUAAGUUUGAUUUUUUUUGUGAGAACCGAGCUCAACCCGGCUUGCAGCCUUG